CGGCGAGUGCCCGCCGGAGAUAGCCGAGCGCCGACGGAAGCGGCCGAAGGUGGGCGCCGAGCGGUGAGCGAACGACGCGCAACGAGCGACGCGGGUCUUCUCCGGCCUGGGUAAAAGAGCGUUCGCGUCCACGGGCGCGGCCUGCGUCUCGAACUGGCGUUUUACGUGGGAAAAUGUCCUCCCUCGACUAUUUGGACCUGUGCCGGCUGUGUCUCGUGAAAGAUCGCGUCUCCGUGCCGAUUUUCGAGGGCGAGGGCGACGUCAGGCAGAUUUUCCUCAAAAUUGCAGCCUGCCUGCCGGUCAAGAUUGCCAGAGAAGACAAACUACCCAAGAAAAUAUGUGAUGACUGUGUGUAUAAAGUAGAACUAUUUUAUCAAUUUUGGAAUACGACCGCGAACGCGGAGAAGCAGCUUCUGCAAUGGCUAGGAGAAGUUGGACUGGAGGAGGACAAACAAACCUACGUAACGGGAGUCCUCAACCCGAAUGUGAUGAAGCAAGAACAAAGCGGUGAGAAUAGAUUAGAUGGUAGCGUGAUGCAGCAAGUCGCUGGACAUCAAGCUAGUAUGGGUAUGGGUAUUAUCGACAACAUGACGUUGGGCAUGCCCAUGAUGAUACCCACUGCCAGUCAACAACAAAUGACCUCAGUUCCUAUGGACACCGGUGGUACGACAGUACAAACGGUUCAGGCAGUGCCAGGACCUAGUACGCAAGCCACUCACGACCAAAUGGCGCAGAAUCAAGUAAAUGCUUCUGCACCACAAGAAGAAGACGAGGAGACUAGCGAAGAGGAUGAAAACUCCGACGACGAGUGCGACGGAGAUGAAGGCCUACCCGUUAAAGAAGAGAGCGAAGAGGACCCUAGCAGUAGUCGAACUAUCGAACCUACGACGUUUGUCAACGUUUCGCUGGCAUGUGACGAAGCUGGUCCUUCGGGGCUCCAACAACAGAAGAUUACUGAGAUGCCUGAGAUGACGAUACCACAGCCAACGGAUGCCGAUCCCAAGUCUGGAAAUGAAGAUCCGCUUGACUGCCACCCAUACUCUCUGAUCGAAUACGGUGGAAGAUACACCUGGACACGAUUAGGACACGGAAGCGGCCUGGUCGAAGAUGCAUUGAGUAUUCCGCCAUAUCUAUCAACGACUAUCGAGUACACGGACACCAAGCCGAGUAUUACGGAGUUGAAGAGAGCUUUAGCGGCAGCCUCGUUGCAAGCUUCCAAAAAUCCCCAGGGCAAAGGGUCCACCCCACGUAGGGCGAAGACCCACCUUACAGAAGUAGGGAAAUCACCGAUGACCCUUCGCACCCCAAAACGUCGGUCGUUUUUCAACGAGGAACCCGACCUGGGGACCAACCAGUCGAUGCCCAAGAAGAUUCCAAGAUUCCCCUGCACCUUCUGCGGAAAGAAGUUCACCACCGAGAUGUUCCUCGAGAGGCACAGGAAGCUCCACGACGUGGGGUUCGUCGAGUGCAAAAUGUGCAAGGCCCGGUUCCAGUCCAUCCGAGGGGUACAGCGACAUUACGACUGGGUCCACAAGGGCCAGGAGCCGGGGUUCAACCUGAGAAGUAUCCGCUACGCUGAGAUGCUGCAAGAACGCGAGGAGAAGUUGAAGAAGUCGAAGCGCUUCAAGUGCACCGUUUGCGUGAGAAGCUUCUCCAACGCGUACUGUCUGAGGAUGCACAAGUGCUUGCACGACAGGGGGCCCGUGGAGUGCGAGAUCUGCAAGCUUCAGUUUAAGACGAAGUCCUCGAUGAAGCACCACUUCGUCCGGCACCACACCAGCUACGGGGCCGAAAUCUCGCUGCAGAGCCGAUUGAGUCGUCAUAAGGAUCUUAAAGUACCCUUGAAGUACUACAGAUGCAACAUUUGCUCGAAGGACUUCCAUUAUAAGGACGUCCUGGAGGAGCACAAGAAGACGCACGCCCUGGACUACCUCCAGUGCUCGAUCUGCAACUUGAAGUACAAGACCAAGCUGGGUCUCCAGCAGCACCAUGUGCGAGCUCAUAGCUGUUCCCAGCCGAAGUUCGAGUGCGAUUACUGCGGUGCUCGCUUCAAACUCAAGGGCGACUUGACUCCUCACAUCUUCAGGAAGCACCUCAGCAGCAGCAAAGUGUGCAGCUACUGUGGGAAGGAGGUCUGGCACCUCCGCAGACACGAACGUGCCCAUCAUGAGCAACACGAAGGGCAGAUCAAGUUCCCCUGCCACCUGUGUAACUUGAAGUUCUUCUCGAAGAUUAGACUGGAGAACCACCUGUUGAAGCACAAGUGGGGCACCACGUGCCUCAAGUGUGGCGAACACUUUGCGGAGCUGAAGGAUCUGGCGACUCACAAACGGGAGAAGCAUUUCUUUACCUGUGAUUACUGUCAACAGCAUAGAACCAAAAAAUCGGAACUGCUUCUCCAUAUCCAAAGAAUACAUCUGGCCCCAAAAGGAACCCCGUCGAAGAUCAAUUGCGUUGAGUUUCGGAAAAGAAAGAAGACUCCGAAAUACGAGCUUAGUCAGGAAAGAAAGAACGAUCAGAAAGUCGAUCUUGGUCAGGAAGGAAACAAUCGGAAGAGGGAUUUUAGUCAAGAAGGACGGAACGAUCAGAUGAGCGAUCUUAAACAGGAGAGAAAGAACGAUCAGACGAGGGAUCUCAGUCAGGAAAGGAAGAUCAAUCGGAGGAGCUUUCCUUGCCAACUUUGCAUGUCGUCUUUCUCCUCGGCCCAAAAACGCAACGAACACAAGAAGAUUCACGAAGCAGAUUACAUUCCAUGUUCGGUGUGCGGCUUGCAGUUCAGAACAAGGAUAGGCUUGACGAAGCACCACGCGCGAAUGCACGACAAUUAUGAACUGAAGAUCAACUUGAAGAGUUUCCGCGAUUCGCACGCGAUCGAUGCUCCUCUUGAGCUGCUAGCCAAUUUCGAGAUGAAGAGGACGAAGCCAUCCGAUUCCGCGAGAAGAGACGAGGACAUCGAGAUGAAGAGGACACACUCAUCCGAUUCCACAAGGAGAGACGAGGACACCGAGAUGAAGAGGACGAACUCAUCCGAUUCCGCGAGGAGAGAAGAGGACACCAAGAUGAAGAGGACAAACCCAUCCGAUUCCGCGAGGACAGAAGAGAACACCGAGAUGAAGAGGACGACCUCAUCCGAUUCCGCAAGGAGAGACGAGGACACCGAAAACGUCGACGACGAUUCCGAGAGGGCUGGUACUUCCUUGGAGGCAAUGAAGAUCGAGAGAAGAGACCCAACAUCCGGCAUCUUUGGGCAAAAAGAAGGCCAAAGUAAAGAAAUAAACGAUAUGUUGAACAACACCUGCAACAUAGAGACCCUAGCGAAAGAAUUGGGAGCUGGAGAGUACGCCAAUCUGGAGCGGAAGAAACGUUUCGCCUGCGGACUUUGCACGCGAACUUUUAAAACCGUCGAUGAGCGCGAAGAGCACAAGAAAACCCACAAAAAUGAUUACGUGGAGUGCUCGAUCUGCGGCCUUCACUUCAAGUCGUUACUAGGCUUGAAGCAGCACCGCAUCCGUGCCCACGAGACCGAACAGAAGCUGAAGAAGCGCUCCUUGUGCAGACUUUGCAGACGAAGCUUCGCAACGGAAGAGGAACUCGAAGAGCACCGAAAGAUCCACGGCGUGGACUUCCUGCAGUGCACGCUUUGCGACUUGAAGCUGAAGUCUCUGCUAGGUCUGAAGCAACACUACAUCCGAGCCCAUAACACCAUGGAGCCGAAGUUCAUCUGCGAUCAUUGUGGGAAUAGGUUUAAGCUGAAGAACGAUUUGUUCCUCCACAUUCAGAGAACUCACAUGUCCGUCAUCGGCACGUGUCGUUUCUGCGGCAGGAAGUUGAAGGACCUGAAGAAUCACGAGGCGCGACACAGACAGCGUCUUAAGGGCACCGAUGGCCAACUAACGUGUUCGCUUUGCGGGAAAACGUUCUGGUCCCAGAUAAAGCUCGACAACCACAUAAGCUUGCACAUGCAGACCCCGAACCAGGAGCUGCAGUGCCCUAAAUGCGAUUUGACGUUCCAGGACGUGAAGACGAUGUCCCGACACAGACGGCUGGAGCACAGAUCGGGCCCUUUCACGUGCACCAUUUGUCAGAAGGUUUAUCCUCUGCGGAAUAAUUUUUACCAACACGUUCUCACCCAUGCGGGGAUCAAACCGUACAAAUGCGACAUUUGUAAAGACGUCUUCAGUCAUCGCACUUCCAUGCUGAAGCAUAGGAAGACUCAUCCUGUGCCGCUUCCUCCCACGCCACCCCCUGUACCCAUUGCUCAACUUGCUAAAGGGAUCCUGCAAAUAUUCUGAUCGAGUCGCCUGUGAUAUCCUGACAAAAAACAACGAAGAUCCACUACGUAUCCAUCCACGAAAGGGAAAGAAACCCACUUGGAUCCCGAAGGAAACCCUAACCCAAGCCGCAGUUUCCUUCAAAGCGUCCUCGAAUUUCGAGUGCACCGUC